AUGACAACAAGGAUCAUGGAACUAACAAAGUUACCCUUAUUCUUGUUCUUAGUACUUCAACUCAUUUUAUUGAUCCCAAAAUCUUGUGCUCAAAUUGAUUUCAUCUACCAUAUAUGUGGUGGCAAUUACACAACUCCUAGUCCAUAUGAAAAUAACCUCAAAACAGCUUUGAAUUCCAUGUCCUCGGAUACUCGAAUCAAUUAUGGCUAUUACAACUUCACUGCAGGCCAUGAACCCUACAAAGUCGAAGCCAUGGCUCUAUGCAGGUCCGAUAAAUCCAUCGAUACAUGCCGGUCAUGUGUCCGUGACUCAGCUGCUACUCUGCCUACAGUCUGUCUCAACAACAAAAAGGCUUUUGGGUUCUCUGAAUAUUGCUUAGCUUGA